AUGUCAACGUUAUUCAAUCGCCAACCACAGACUCAAUUUCUCUAUUCUGGGAAUGGGACUCAGUUGCCCAAUCAACAGCAACAACAACAACCACAACAACCACAACAACCACAACAACCACAACAGCAACAACAGCAACAACAGCAACAACAGCAACAACAGCAACAACAGCAACAACAGCAGCAACAACAACUUCAACUACAACAACAGCAGCAGCAACCAUCCAGCCAGUCUCUGCUUUUUCAACAACAAUCGCAACCUGCAUGGCUACAGUCGCAACAUAACCAAAAAAAGAGGAUUAUUCCCAACCAUUUAGUACCUCACAAGAAACUGAAUUUUCAAAUUAGUGCGCCAGGCACCGCUAAAAAUAAAAGUUCCAAUGAAUCACAAUCAUCGAUGCUAGUGUCCAACGAUCAAUUCAAUGUAGUUUCAUUUGGGAACAACAGAAGAAACACCAUCAGCAAUGGUAAUCUUUUGGAUAGAACCAACACAAGUUUGAGUGCGCUAUUUGAAUCUGUUGGAGGCGAUCUUAGUCGAUUCGAUGAUUCUAUGAAUGAAAGUUUCCAAAAUGAUGACGGAGUGGCUAAAAGUAUAGAUGCACCUACUGAUGCUCCACCUUUGAAAUCGGUGUACGAUUUAGAUGAAGACACAUUUGGCGUCAAUAAACCCACGAGAAAACAAUCUGAUCUUAUUAACAAAGAUCCCAAAGAUUUCAAUAAUUUAUUCAAACGAUUUGAACCAAAGGAUGAAAAAAUUGACAAAGAAAAGAGGGACGAUAAGGCCAAGAGUAUAGUUGAUGAGUCUGAAAAUGCCAUUAUUGUAUUUGGAUACCCAGAAAAUACCUCGGUGCAAAUUAUCCAAUAUUUUAAACAAUUUGGAACCAUCCUUGAGGAUUUCACCGAUCUUUCAACUGGGAAUGAAGCUUGGAACCUCUUGAGCAACUAUGAGAAAAAGAGGAAAAAUACCAGUAUUUAUACUGGACCUAAUUGGAUCAAAAUUACCUAUGAUAAUCAUAAUUCUUCAUUGAAUGCAUUGCAAGAAAACGGAUGUAUAUUCAAUGGUAACUUACUUGGCGUUGUUCCUUAUCACAAAAGUGUUAUUGAUAAGUUGGAAAAGAAAAAAGUCUUUGUAAAUGAGGACAUUGGCAAUGGUAAUUUGUCAAUGCCUUUGAAAUCGGCAUUUGAUCAGGAAAAGAAAUCUAGUGUAAUUGAAAAUCAAGUCAUUACCCCACCAUCUUCAUCUUCGCCAUCGGGAGCAAACAAAUCUACAUAUGUAAACAAAUUGAAUCCAAAAGAAGAAUCGCAUUACUUCAUACCGUCAAAGGACAAGAAGGAUGAAAAUAAGAAUGACCAACAAGAGAAACCAAAACUAAGUGUAUUGAAGACCUUAUCCAAUUAUAUUUUCGGCUUCCAUGAUUUAUAG